AUAUUUGGACUAGUUUCAUAUUUACUCAUUCAAGUUAAUGAAAAUACUACUAAUUAUACAAACUCACUUGAUUUCAUUUCAUCACUCUCUUUACUUAAUCAUCUCAAUUAUAUAUAUACGAUACUUUUCAUCUUUUUCAGUACAGAAUCUUUUUCUGAUUCUCCAUUAACUCACUGAUCAUUCUAUAGUACAUUAAUAUAAUCAUAUUCCUUCAGUUCAUUAUCUUUUUUUCUCCUAUAUAAACCCAUUACAGUCUUCGUUUCCCUUCAUUCCAUCAUACCCAGAGAAACCACUAUUCUCUGCUCAUCUUUCCUACAUUUAUAGCUUUGUUUCACUCUCUUUUCGACCACCAUGGCUCCAAGUUUAAGCAAAGGCGGCUCCGACGUUACUCCUCUGGCCGAUGGGUGCAAGAAUCCAUCUUCAUUUUCCAUUGACGGCUCAAACCUCAAGGCGAACGGCCACGUCAUACUCUCGGAGGUACCAGAAAACGUUACGGCAACACCUUCGCCUUACACGUCCAUUAACGACGAGUCACUCUCCACCGUCGGUUGCUUCGUCGGCUUCGACGCCGACAACACGAGCAGCCGCCACGUGGUUCCCAUAGGGAUGCUGAAGGACAUCCGGUUCAUGAGCAUAUUCCGGUUCAAGGUCUGGUGGACCACCCACUGGGCUGGGUCCAAAGGCCGCGACCUCGAGCACGAGACGCAGAUGGUGCUACUGGAGAACUCGACGAAACUGGGCCGGCCUUAUGUCCUCGUGCUCCCUCUCAUAGAAGGCCCAUUCCGGGCCUCAAUCCAGCCAGGCCCAAACGACAACGAUUUCGUCGACGUUUGCGUCGAGAGUGGCUCAACCAAAGCCACGGCGUCGGGGUUCAAAAGCGUCCUCUACCUCCACGCCGGAGAAGAUCCGUACAAUCUCGUUAAGGAGGCGAUGAAGGUUGUGAGAGUCCACCUGGGGACGUUUCGGCUAUUGGAGGAGAAAACUCCCCCAGGAAUCGUGGACAAAUUUGGUUGGUGCACGUGGGACGCAUUCUACCUUACGGUGCAUCCUCAGGGCAUUCUAGAAGGCGUGAAGGGACUGGUGGACGGUGGUUGCCCACCUGGACUGGUCCUAAUCGAUGACGGCUGGCAGUCGAUAGGUCAUGACUCGGACCCACCGACACAGGAGGGUAUGAACCAAACGGUGGCCGGGGAGCAAAUGCCUUGUAGGCUGUUGAAGUUUCAAGAGAACUCCAAGUUUAGAGAUUACGUGUCCCCCAAGAAACCCCUUAACAAGGGCAUGGGUGCCUUUAUAAAGGACCUUAAGGAGGACCAUAAGAGCGUUGAUUAUGUGUACGUGUGGCAUGCACUUUGUGGGUAUUGGGGUGGGCUGAGGCCCAAUGUUCCUGGUCUGCCUCAGGCCCAAGUCGUAAAGCCCAAAUUGUCGCCGGGCUUGGAGAUGACUAUGGAGGAUUUGGCCGUCGAUAAGAUUGUGAGCACUGGGAUUGGACUGGUUCCACCGGAGAAGGUUGAUGAGAUGUAUGAGGGGAUUCACUCUCAUUUGGAAGCAGUUGGGAUUGAUGGAGUCAAGGUUGACGUCAUUCAUCUGUUGGAGAUGUUGUGUGAGAACUAUGGGGGACGAGUGGAGCUUGCUAAAGCAUACUUCAAAGCCUUAACAUCCUCAGUGAAAAAGCACUUCAAGGGCAACGGUGUAAUUGCCAGCAUGGAACACUGUAACGACUUCAUGUUCCUUGGAACAGAGGCCAUCUGUCUGGGUCGUGUUGGGGAUGAUUUCUGGUGCACCGAUCCAUCUGGUGAUCCAAACGGUACGUUUUGGCUUCAAGGGUGCCACAUGGUUCACUGUGCUUAUAAUAGUCUAUGGAUGGGAAACUUCAUACACCCUGACUGGGACAUGUUCCAGUCGACUCACCCCUGUGCUGCCUUCCACGCCGCGUCUAGGGCCAUCUCUGGGGGUCCUAUUUAUGUCAGUGACUCAGUCGGGAAGCACGACUUUGAUUUGCUAAAGAAGCUUGUUUUGCCUGAUGGCUCCAUUCUCAGGUGUAACUACUAUGCUCUCCCCACUCGUGACUGUCUCUUUGAGGACCCUCUUCAUGAUGGCAAAACCAUGCUCAAAAUUUGGAACCUUAACAAGCACACUGGAGUUCUUGGAGCAUUCAAUUGCCAAGGAGGAGGUUGGUGCAGAGAAACUAGACGUAACCAAUGUGCCUCUCAAUGUUCCCAUGUGGUGACCUCUAAGGCCAAUGCCAAUGACAUCGAAUGGAAAAGUGGCGAGAACCCAAUUUCCAUUGAUGGGGUUGGAGUCUUUGCUAUGUACUUUUCUCAAGCCAAGAAGCUUCUUCUUUCUCAGCUCUCUGAGAAUGUGGAAAUUUCAUUGGAGCCCUUUAACUUUGAGCUUAUUACCGUUGCACCUGUGACUCUGUUGGAAAAGAAGUCUGUCCACUUUGCGCCAAUAGGCCUAGUUAACAUGUUGAACACUGGUGGAGCCAUUCAGUCCUUGGCUUUUGACCAAGAAAAGAGCUCUGUCCAAGUUGGAGUUAGGGGAACCGGAGAGAUGAGGGUUUUCGCUUCGAGCAAGCCGGUGGGUUGUGAGAUUGAUGGAAAAGAAGUUGAGUUUCGAUAUGAACAACACAUGGUCGUAAUUCAUGUCCCCUGGCCUACUACUAAUAUAUCCAUUGUUAAGUACAUAUUCUAAAUUUAGAAGAUCCUAGCGUUCUACUACUAUACUAUAUAUUUCCUUAUGGCAAGUUAAUCAAUGCCUAUGUUUAUGCACAAGUGAUAUAUAUCAUCACUUGCAAUAUGUAUUUGAGAAGAAGCUGGCAAGUAGCUACAGUAAUGUUUUUUCUUGUUAA